AUGGCACCGAUAGUGUUCUCCGGCACCAACAAUGCAUUACAAAUCGGGAUACAUUACGGGGAUAUCUAUCUUCCAGAGAGACCGGAAACCCCACCAGCCCCUCUCUCAACUGCCCCCGAACGAGAACGAGACUUCACUGGUCGAAACAUACUUCUUGAUCAGAUUCACAACAAGAACUCGGUUCAUGGUUCAAGAAUUGCACUUGUGGGUCUCGGAGGUGUCGGGAAGUCUCAAAUUGCCAUCGAAUACUCCUAUCAGGUCCGAUCCAAAUCGCCGACGACAUGGGUCUUCUGGGUUCAUGCAAGCAAUGAAUUCCGAUUCACGCUGAGUCUCCAGGAUCUCGCAGAUCGAGUGAAGAUCCCAGGGCGUAAGGACCCUGGGGCUAAUAUAUUCAGACUGGUCGAGAACUGGCUCCAGGAUGAGAAAAGAGACAAAUGGGUUCUUAUCCUUGAUAAUGCCGAUGACCAUGAGUUUCUUUGUUCACCCCCAGCAAUGAGUAACACAGGGGUCAUGGCCGGCCUGACGAAGCCAUUGUUCGAAUAUCUACCAAGACGCCAGAACGGGUUUAUUAUCAUUACGAGCCGGACUCGAGAGACUGCAUUGAAGAUGGUCCACCCCGAGGAUAUUCUUCAAGUUGAGCCAAUGAAUAGCCUCGAAGCAUCAGAGCUCCUUUUGAGGAAGCUGAACGGACAAGAUAAUUCCGACGAAUGCCGGCAGCUAGUGGAAGAGCUUGAAUACAUGCCGCUUGCGAUCACACAAGCGGCCAGCUAUAUCUGGAGAAGGCGUCCUCGCUCUUCAGUGGCACGAUAUUUGAAAGACCUAAAAAGAGGCGAUCGGGAAGCAACGGAACUUCUCCAGGGAGAAUCAUUUGUCCGUGAACGAGACUCGGAAUGCAGACGUUCAAUCUUACUCACAUGGCAAAUUUCGUUCAACUAUAUAAAGCGGACGAGGCCAUCUGCAGCGGCAUUACUCUCUCUCAUGAGCUUUUUUGAUCGACGAGGGAUACCUGAUUUCUUGGUUCGAAAACAGCCUCACUGUACCAGUAACAUUGGUGAUAGCGAUUCAUCAGGUUCUGGGACCAGCUUUGAGUUUGAAGACGAUAUCCUCGUGCUGCGUGAGUAUUCCUUCAUAUCGAUCGGGGAAAACGACACCAUACUUACUAUGCAUCGACUGGUGCAACUCUCCACGCACGCCUGGUUGGAAUCCCAUCAACAAUUAGAUCAAUACAGGGAGAUGUUCAUCGAUCAUCUACAUCGCGACUUCCCUACUGGCGAAUUCGAAAAUUGGGCUGUUUGCCGGUCACUUUUCCCUCAUGUUCGAUCUGCAAGUGACCAACGACCAGUAUCACCGGAGUCUCGCUUAAAAUGGGCUACAGUCCUUGCGCGUGGUGUGCAGUAUGCAUGUGAAACCGGUUACUUGAGAGACGUCAAAAAUAUGGCAAUGAAAUCAAGAGAACAGAGAAUGGCUCUUCUAAGCGAAGACAAUAAGGAAGUACUUGACAGUGCUGCCCUUUUAGCCUGGGUCUAUUCAGCAGAAGGAUCGUACAACGAGGCCGAGAAACUCAUCAUAAAGAAUUUGAGCACUCUCAAGGCAAAGCAUGGUGAGGACCAUCCUGUCACGUUGAUGAAUAUGGCCGACCUAGGUCAGAUAUAUUGCUCUCAAGGCCGCUUUGAAGAGGCUGAGGAACUCUUGAUUGGAGCCGUCGAGGCUCGCAAACGCAAUUUAGGUGAGGACAAUCCUCAAACAUGGCAGAGUAUGGCAGAGCUAGCGGCAACAUAUACGGAACAAGGGAGAUUUGAGGAGGCACAGCAGCUUCAUAUACAGAUUAUGGAGAGCCGCAAGAGGAGGCUCGGCAUAGAGCAUCCUGAGACACUUACCAGUGUGGCUAACCUGGCCUCGACAUAUUGGAGCCAAGGUCGUUUUAAGGAGGCAGAGGACCUUUUUGUGGAGUCAUUGGAAACUCGAAUCAAAUGUCUCGGCAAGGAUCACCCUCACACAUUGCAGAACGUCGAAAACCUAGCCGCAACAUAUAGCAUGCAAGGUCAAGGGGAAGAGGCUGAAAAGCUUUACCUCGAUGUGAUAGAGACUCGCAGAGACAAACUCGGCAAGGACCAUCCUGCAACGCUGAAGACCAUGGCCACACUCGCGAGAAUAUAUGGAAGACAAGGGCGAUGGGAUGAGAAAGAGAACCUUGAAGUACAGAUUGUGGAGAGUCACAAGAUGAAGCUCGGCGAAGAUCAUUUGAACACGCUGGUGAGCAUGAGAAACCUCGUCUCGACGUAUAUGAGCCUGGGUCGUUGGAAAGAGGCAGAAACUCUCAAUUGUCAGCGUGUCGAGACCUGCAAGAUCAAGUUCGGUGUUGACCAUGAUAACACGCUGGCUAGCAUGGUCGAUCUGGCAUCCAUAUAUUGGAACCUGGGUCGGUUGGAAGAGACGAAAACCCUCGAGAUACAGGUAAUGGAAACCUUUGAGAGGAAACUGGGCGCAGAUCAUCCUUCCACACUGAAAGCCAUGAGAAAUCUAUCAGAGACAUAUGGAAGCAUGGGCCAAUGGGAAGAUGCCGAGAAGAUCCUGGUGCCGCUUAUGAAUAUUGAAAAGGCACAGCUCGGCGAAGAUCACCCUGAUACAUUGAACAGCAUGAACAACCUCGCCAUGACAUACAUGAAACUGGAACGAUGGAAUGAGGCCGAGCAGCUCAUCAUCCAGGUUUUAGAGACUCGCACGGUCAAGUUCGGUGUUGAUAAUCAUGCCACACUGAUCAGUAUGGCCAACCUCGCUUUUGUCUGGAUGUCAUUAGGCCACGAAACUCAAGCCAUUGAUCUGAUUCGAGAUUCUGUGGCUGGGCGGAAACGAUUGGGGUACAAUGAUCCUGAGACCUUAUCGAAUGCUGAAACUUUGCUUGAAUGGGAAGCAAAAAGGUUGAAUAUUGAUUCAUAG